AUGUCUGAUGUACCCGCUCUCAGAGGGACAUUGCUCGCAUUGCAGAACAUCGUCGAUGCAGAUGAGUCGCAUGCAGCCGUCUACCAUAAUCUAGCAGAAAAUGCCCUUGUGGUAUUCUCUCAACUUCAAGAUUGGCGAAAGAGCUGGGAUGCCUCGUCAGAAGGCCACAUAAUCAGCGUCUCAGCGGAUGGAGAUCAAGCAGAGAAACAGUCUCUGCAUUUCACUAGUCUCUACGCAGCGAAUUGUUGCUCGCUGUAUGAUGCUUCACUAAUACUGGUGCUAGAAACCAUUCUCUUAUCUGCUCAACCUGGACAACUAUAUUUCGGAACUGCAACAACACUCUACGAAAAGGCACGGCAAGCAGCCAUAAAAAUUUGCGCGAGUCUAGACUUCCAGCUUCAGAAUUCGCAUACUAGACUGGGUCAAUCGUUUGUUCUCUGGCCCCUGCGAGAAGCUGGAAAGAUUCUAGACAAAGGUAGUCCUGCAGAACAAGCUCUAUUAGAACGACAGAAACAAAAGCUAGCCACUGGGCAGGGUUCAUGGGAGAUUGCGAAAUCCGCUUUCGGAACAUACGGUUGA